CCAGCAAAGCGACCACCACUGCAGUGGAUUUUAGAGGCAGCAGUUUUGGAAGACUGUCCAUCCAUCACUCUUGCUGGCCAGAUAUGCCAACGGGGACUGAAGCUAAUCAAAUGUUUGAGAGAGGAAGCUCUUCACACAACCCAGGGAGCCCCAUUAAUUAUCUGGACUUAGUGAAGGCUGUGAAAAGAGGUGAUUGGAACGCUACCAGAGAUUUCCUAGUGUCCCACCCCGAUGCAUUGAGAGCGAGAAUCACAGUUACGGGCGGGACGGUUCUUCACGUAGCUGUUGCUGCUGAACAGGAACAUAUAGUGGAGGAGUUGCUGAAUAUGAUUUCGGAAGAAGACUUGCUAAUAUUAAAUAAGGACCGUGAUACAGCUCUAGAUGUGACUAUUGAUAGAGGUAAUUGCCAGAUGGCAAACCGCCUGAUUAGAAAGAACAAAAGCUUAGUCCACUUCAAACGGCGUCCUUGGACCGACCUUCCAGUUGUAAGGGCUAUGGGAAUGGGGCAUAAACAAUUGGCUCGCAUGCUCUAUUCUCUCACUCCGUUGGAAGAACUAGAGGCAGAAGACGGUAAGCAGGGAUCUAAACUUCUUUCCUACGCUAUCGAUGCCAGAGAUUUAGGUAAAGUGCUCUACUCUACUCUCGUCUAAUUAACCAUUCAUUUUCCGAUGAUUGGAUAUAUUAGUUGGGGAAUGUGAUUUAAUUAAUUCCCUUUGUUAUUUGUUUUAUAUACGUACGCAUGCACCUACGUUACAACAACAAAAGAACUCGCCUUGGAUUUAAUUGAGCGUUGUCCAUCUCUCUUACAAAAUCUGUCCCCUUGGGAAGCAUUGGCUAUUGGCAUGAUUAACAGCGAAUUCGCGAGGAGAAACCGGCUCGCGCGUUGGAUCUGCAAUCACUGUGUACACAUUUCACUUGCUCGUGCUACCGAUCAAUUCCGUUUGGAUAUUAAUCAAAAGGAUCAAGAAAGAAGUAUCGGAUCAGG